AUGGGCGAAGCAGCAGUAACUAAUGAUAUUCGCCAGGAGGCCAACUCGGCCCUAAUGGAGGUGGACAAAGGUCUCCGUAGCAGCGCUGUGGGGGAGCAGUGCGAGGCGAUUGUCAAGUGUCCUGUGUUUAUGGACAAGUUUCCGUUCCCAGUCAUGACGAGCACGGCUCUCCUGAAGCUGGCUGACGUGUUUUCGGCUCAGGCCACAGCCAACCUCCUUCGACUCCACAUCCUCAAGGUGUUCCAGCUGGCCUACAAACACCUGGGGAAGGUCUCCAGUCCAGAGGAGCUGGUGAGACGGCUCUCUCUCGUCACCCAUAGCAACGACCCUGUGGCACGGGCCCUCGCUCUCAGGGUGUUUGGUAGUAUAGCUAGCAUCGUUGCAGAGAGGAAGAACGUCCACCACAGUAUCCAUCAUGGUCUGGACUCACACCAUCAGGUGGAGGUGGAAGCCGCCAUAUUUGCCACCAGUUGCCUUGCCCGUCACUCAGCCACGUUUGCAGCUGGAGUCUGUGAGAAGAUUUCCUCCACUGUACAAGGUCAGGCAGUGCCAGUGGAGAUGAAGUUGCGACUAGUUCCCAUCCUCAGUGAGAUGCACCACAACUUAGCCACUGCCAAUCAGGUGAGAGAACUGUGUGUGAAACUUCUGCCGACAUACCCUGCCUUCUCCCUCGUCACUUCCACCCUUCACACCCUCACUACUCUCGCCAUGGCAACCAAGAUACACAUUCCAGACCAGGUGUGGCUCCUCCUCAGCUACGCUCGAAGCGAUGCACGUGGUCGAGUGAGGCUGUUUGCUCUGAAGGAGCUGGAGUCCCUAGCAGCUGCCAGUCCUCACAUGUGGUCAUGUGACAUGGUCCAGGCAGUGGAGGAGUGUGUGGUUGAGGCGGUGAGUGAGAGAGAACGGCAGACAGGGCUGAGGACUCUUCUCAGACUGUCUCGCUCUCUGGCAGUCCAGCACAUGACGUCACUCCCCGAUGCCAUAGGCUCUCUCCAGUACUCCACUCAUACUAAUACUGCCGCAUUAGUCCUCGUAACCAUCACUAACAUUGCCAUGGCAACAGCAAAUGGUGUGUCAUCGUCAAGUCAUGUGACAGAGCUAACGGAUCAGGUGAUCGAGGCUCUGCUGGUGGGAGACUUCUCCUCAGAGGCCAACAGUCUGGGUCUGAGUUGCCUCCUGUGUGCUCUCAUGAAGCUGAGCUCAGUGAGCGGGUCAGCCAGCAAGACUGCUCUGGACACUCUCCUCUCCUUCCUCCCCCAGUUUUCUGGUCGACAGCUGAAGAUGGUGUGUGAUUGUCUGGUGUUAGUUGGAGCAACUGCCAAAACCUCGUGGAGUGAGGUGGCCUCGUCUCUUACCCACUACCUCACUCACCACCCCGACCAGCUACCACACCUCCUGCUGCCAUUCUCUGCGGUAUUGCAGGAGGUCCACAGAGGAGAGUGGAGCAGUCCUCAGAGACAGUCGUUCCACUCCUCAGUUCUCCCUUCCCUGCUGGAGCAGGUCUGGGCCCUCCACAGUCCCCACGCCUUGUGGCUCGCCUACCGCCUGGCUCGCAGGGCCUCUGCAAAGGGUUACCAUGAGCUGGCAGGACCGGUGUACCAUAGACUGUCACAGUCAGUGACUGUAGCCAGGUUCCGCCAUUGGCUCUCCGCUCUCCACCUCUUCUCCUCAUCCCAACUUCUCCUCUCCCCCUCUUCCCCCUCCUCACACCUCAUACCCGCCCUCGGUAACGCAGCUGCUGUGGUGUCCAAGGCAGCCAUGUUCGUCAAGGCAUCGUGCCCUCCUUCAUCGUUCCCGCUGCGUUACCUCACCUCUCUUUCUUCUCUAAUGAGAGCCCACCACCAGCUCCUGACGUCCUGUGUGUCUGCCUCACUCUUACCUUCCUCUCCCUCCUCCUCUGUCUCCCAGAAAUUCCAAUUCUGUGUGUCUAGGUUCACAUCCCUGGCGGAGGAGCUGUCUGGACUCCAUUCCUCUCUCUUUGAUGCAGACAGCUACAGCCUCUCCCACAUAUCUCUUCUGCGACAGUCGUGUCUACUGAUGGUGAACAUCAUCUCUUCGUUGGUUCUCUCAAGGAAAUCUCUCGUCAAUCCAGGGAAAGUAGGUACACCAGUGUCGUCAUCUGCUGCUGCAGCUCCGACAGUCAGUCAGCUGAGCCACUUCUCCUCUGGAGAGGUUCUUGCUCAGACCUGCAGAGCCCUGCUGGACCACACCCAGUCUCUGGCUCCGUCUCUCCAGUCCCAGCCUGUCGGAGAAGAGCAUGCUCGAGUCCUCAGCGAGUGCUCUCAGAAACUGCUGCAAGUGCCGCUGAAGCUGCCUCCCUAUUUCUUCACCAGCUCACAGAACACCACUGUUCAGCUGGCAUUUUCCCCACCGCUGCCUCCUCCUGGCCAGGCAGUGCAGGUCCCCCUCCACUCUCACCUCUCUCUCAAGGUGGAGGGAGUUGUCCAGCACUCGGGGAAGAAAGUUCACAGGACCCCCACAGCAGUGUGUGUGAGGGUAAAGAUAACAUUGGACAAGUCUUUCUCAUCGGAACACAAAGGAGGAGAGCUGCCCAGCCUGGAGAGGGUGGAGCCUGUUGCCAAUGACUACUUCCUGGCUCCGUUUCUCAUAACACUACCCCACAGUGGCAGCUACAGCCUACACACCAGUGCCUCUCUCCUAGACCAGGAGGGAGUGGAGUGGGCAGCUGGGCCUCAGGCAAAGAUGAGUGUUGUGGUGGACUCAGAGCAGAACCUGAAGGGGCAGGAGAGGCAGGGGGACAAGGGGAGUGAGCUGGCAGGGUCCUCACGGUCCUCCUCACACUCUUAA